UCGAGUUCCAAGACGAGCAAGUGUUUUAAAAUUGUAUCUAAAAUUUUUUGUCUUUAAAAUCUUAAAAGUGUAGAGUUACUCGAAGCGUAUCACCUCGAACAUUUUCUCAGUGCGUACCGUGAAAAUUUGCUGUGAAUCCAUUUACCCAUUUGAUCAAGAAAAUGAUGGAAAACACCAGUGACGUAGUUAGGGUGAAGGAGGAGCCAAGCGAUACUUUGACGAACACAGGUGACGGUUAUGUUUUAGAUUCGGUAGAUUCUUACAAAGGCGAAAACUUUGAAACGUUACCGUUUCAUGAAGUGUCGGCAAAAAUCAAGAAUGAGGGUUUAUCGCUACAGGACCACUUAGAUGCAAAAAUAUUCAUCGAUUUUGAGUGCAAGGAUGUUAAACCUGAAACAAAGGCUCAACCGACCACCAUCUGCAAAUCUGAAAAUCAACAUUUUCAACAUACUGCAAAAAUAGAAAACGAGAAUCAGACCGUUAACUCAAACGAGACAUUAUCAAAAAUUCUGAUAGGAAAAGGAUGUAAUUAUGAUAAUGAUUGUCGAUUCAAUGUAAACUUCUCUUUAAAACUUGUCAAUUACCAGAAGCUACAAAAUUGUGAAAAAAAUAUUGAAAAAAGAUUAUUGUGUGCAUCAAAAAUGAAUCGAAAAACACAUGCAAGAGCAAGCCUGAAAAAGCUGAAUAUGACGAAUAUGGCACUUGAAACAAUUAGACCAUUUGAAUGUGAUACUUGUAAAAAAUCCUUUACUCAAAAAAAGUACCUCCAAUCUCACAUAAGUGCAGUACAUGAUCGUAGCAAACCCUUUGAAUGUGAGAUUUGUUAUGAAUCAUUUGGAUACAAGAGGGUACUGGAUGGACACAUAAAUUCAGUUCAUAAGCGCAGUAAACCCUUUGAAUGUGAGCUUUGUCACAAAUCAUAUGGAUUCAAAGCUGGCCUCAAACGUCACGUCACUGCAGUACAUGAUUGCAGUAAACCCUUCGAGUGUGAGAUUUGUCACAAAUCAUAUGGAUACAAAGAUCAGCUCAAAAUUCACAUAAAUGCAUUCAUAAUCAUAGCACACCCUUCGAGUGUGAGACUUGUCACAAAUCAUUUGUACAUAAAAGUGUCCUCAAAACCCACAUAA